GUCAUCGCCCCCAGUGCUGAAGCGUAAACAAUCCCGUUGUUUGUGCUGCGGAUUCACACGAUAACUUACCCUUCGUCGCAGGCGCUUCGCUUUCGCUUCGCAUUUGUGCACAAAGGGGGUCGUCCGGUGACUUCUGCAAACGGGGCACAGCUAUGAGAAGAAGCAAUUAGACCCCUCAACGGUUAGCAAACGGUAGUGCAUUUCUCCCCUGAAAAGAGUGUACGUGUGUGUGUGUGUGUGUUGCUGAUAAUAGCCGCACGGGUACAUGGGCAACCGCGGAUAAGGCACGGAUAUGCUCACGUCGAAAAUUACAAAAAUUGGCAAAGUGGUACUAUGCGGCGGCAAGGGCGUUGGAAAGACGGCAAUGCUGGAGCAGCUCAUCUACGGCCACGUUACGAUCGAUUCGGAGCUGCACAGCACGAUCGAAGACACGUACGUGGCCAGCGUGGACACUGGGAAGGGCAGUAGGGACAUGCUGCGCAUUUACGACACGGCCGGGCUGCAGGGGAAUGUGCAGCUGCCCCGCCACUAUCUCCUGUUUGCCGACGCGUUCGUGCUGGUGUACGAUCCGAGCGAUCCGGCCAGCCUGGAUCUGCUGGCCGGUAUUAAAAGUGAUAUCGACAAGUACAAGGAUAAGAAGGAGAUGAUAAUUAUUGUGAUAGCCAACAUGCACUCACGGCAUCCGCGGUCGGCGGGCAACGGUGCGCCGACCGGUACCGCACCGCAGUCCCCCAACGGGAACCAGUACCACAGCAACGGUAGCCAAAUCAGCAACAACGAUCUAAUUGAGUCUAAUCUCAACCGCGCCAACAAUUGGUGCGCCCGGGAGCGCAUCAAGCACUACACGGUGAAUGCGAUGGAGCGGGCGUCGCUGUACGAACCGUUCAUCCAGCUGGCGAUACGCCUCUAUCCGACGCAAACCAAAAGCUCCUUCCCCCAGCUUCGACAGCUCACGCAGAAAACGUCCAAAGUGGACAACAGCUAGUUGCAGCGCGCUAUUGCAGCAGCAGCGGAGAAGAGCUUUAUUUAUGUGUUAUUAGUGCAGAUUACUAGUGGACGGCUGCUGCUGCUGCUAAUUAGGGCUGUUGAGCAUAGUGAAACCAAAAAGCAAGCAAAACAUUCACUACUUAAUUGCCGUAUCGAAUAUGCAUACCUGUGUAUGGGUAUGGCACCGUGAUGGCAGAUGAAACGAGGAUCGUACGAUUGUAUCUAGAAGACCUUUAACUACUUAGCGGGAUUGGCAAUAUUCAUUGCAUUCUUUGUAGCAUUCGCAUUUUCUCUGCUGUCUCGUCAGCAGCUCUCAUAGUGAUGUGAUUCGCCUUUUAUAUUGUUUACUUUAAAAUUUAGAGUAAUAUUUUAUUUAUUUACUAUUUUUCUUCCUCAAUGCUUUUAUUUCUCCGCUCUUUGUGUUGAGAAUAGUGGCCGAAUGAAUGAGUUUUGGGUUUAUUUUGAUUUUUUUUUAAAUUACAAAUGAGCUGAAAUGUGAAGGCACUUAGUGUGAUUAAAUUCCCUUUUGCUUAAAAUAUUUUUUUUUAUCAAGUUAGACUUUUUUUAGCUUACAGAAAUAACAGGAAAUGAAGAAAUUGGUUAUUAAAAGUAUGUUAUUUAAGUGGAAGGUAUUUUACAGGGUUUCCCACGAUUCAUUGGUUGGUUUCCAUCAAUUUUUGGUGGGUUCCCAUGUUUUUUUGGUGCGUUCCCACGAUUUUUUUGGUCGUUUCC